AUGGGAGGCCGGACCAAUGGGAGCGCGGGACAGUGCGGGGUCGGGGCCUGGGGCCGGGGCCGGGAGUCGUUCGGUGUUAAUUUGUUUUUAAUGCCUUGUUGUGCUCACUAUCCUGCGCCAAUCUGAAGCAUUAAAAGAAUGGAUUCAGAUGACCUGCCAAAUCUAGAAGGUACAUUUACCACUGUGAGGGCAACGACAAUUGAAGAUAUGGAUCUGGGUCUGGUUCUCGGAGAGGAAGAAUUGAGCCUGGAAGUCAGCGAUGUUGAUUCCACAGUGUUGAUAGCAUUUCGGGGGAACAUGAAGGAUGCUGACUUUACCAAUAAAUUAGACACAAUUAUUAACAACAUGCCAUGCCUUCUGGAUAUUGGAUCUGAGAGAUUGAGGCUACAGAAAGUGGAACCAUGGAAUAGCGUUCGGGUAACGUUUAAUAUUCCCCGCGAAGCUGCGGAGCGAUUGCGGCUGAUGGCUCAGAAUAACAACCAGCAGCUGCGUGACUUGGGAAUCCUCUCCGUGCAGAUUGAAGGCGAGGGGAUAAUUAACUUGGCUUUAGUGCAGCACAGAGGACAAGAGGUCAGGAUAAAUGGCCCUGUGAAUCAGAUCCGAAUGGAACCAGGAGGUCAAGGUUUGAUUAGAGUUAGUAAUCCAUCUGCUGUGAUGCUCCCUUCGACUAGCAAUGUGGGGACAUCCUUGAUUGGUGGUGGACCAAGUUCAGAGCUGCUACAAAACCGAGGUCCACAUCAGGCUCCUCGACCCAUGUCACAGUCUGGUAUGGAUCCUAUCCUGUCAAAUCUAAACCUGCAGUCUGCGGGUCACCCUUCUGGAUCAUUGCCUCCACAGCCUCACCCUAUGCAAACAAUGUCGAUGAACAGACAGAUAGCACCAGCUAAUCUACAGCAGCACCAACAACAGCAGGGAGGCCGUCCAUUCAAUCCUGCUCAGAUCUCCAUAGCUGCCACGUGGAACCAAGCCUCAGCAGGGGGACUUCAACCUCCUCCCCAGGGGCCCAUGGGAACCAUGGCCAGUCAGAUCUGGAAGAAAGCCCCUGGACAAAUGCAACCUCAGCAACUUCAGACCAGACCUUCUCUAGCCACUGUCCAGACACCACCUCACCCUCCCCCUCCCUACCCAUUUGGAAGCCAGCAAACCGCUCAAGCCCAUCAGUCAUUUUCUCAAGUCUGCAGCUCACCACAGUUUGCAUCGCCGCCCCCUAAGAGCCUUCAAGGUGGACCUUCUCGAGUGCCUACACCCUUACAACAACCUCACUUAACGAACAAGUCACCGGCCUCAUCUCCAUCCUCUUUCCAGCAGAGCUCCCCAUCAUCGUCGCCCACAGUGAACCAGCCACAACAGCAUAUAGGAUCCAGAGCACCACAGAGCAGCUCCCACCCUCAGGCAUUCCAGCCCACCGUGUGCCAGAGUUCUCCCAGCCGAGGGCCUAUGGUUCAGCAGGGAAAUUUGCUGAUGAUGCAAGCAAAUCAGGUGGCACAGAAUUUACAUUCUGGUAUGGGAAACAUGCCAAAACACCUUCCACCAGUUUUUUCUGUAGGACAGCCCAAUCAAAACUUCAACCAAGGCCAGGUAAACCAAGGUGUUAUAUCUGGCACCUCAAUUAACAGUGGACCUCUACAACUGCAGCCCAAUCAGACUAUACAACAUACAGGUGGUCCAGGUAAUGCUACUUCACAAAAUUCGAUGAAUAUCCAGGCUCACGGGCCACCGAAUGUGAUGCAAACAAAUCUGGGACUUCACGGAAACAUGAAUAAUCAGCAGUCGGUUAGUGGUCCUCAAGGGAAUAUGGGUAACGUACAGGGACAGCCUCAGUCACAGCUGAUUGGAAUGCACCAACAGAUUGCAUCAUCACAAAGUCAAAUGCUGAAUGUUCAAUCUCAAGGUCUACAUCCGUCAAACCAGAUGAUCAUUUCACGUCCGCAACUCAUCCAAAGCCAAAUGAUGAUGGCGUCCUCCCAAAGCCACAGCAUUGGUCUGACGGGGCAGAGGAUGACUCCACCCAAGCAACAAAUAAUGGCUACUCACGGGCAACUAACAGGGCCCCAGGGUCAAGUCAUCCUCCAGCAAAGCCAGAUGAUGGGGCUCCCCGAACAGAUUGUUGUUAGUCAGGUGCAGGGAAACAAACAAGGGUUCAAUAAUCCGAACCCGCAGAACAUAAUAGCGGGGCAAGGCCAGAUGAUGAGGGGACCCGCCACAAACUCGCAAGGUAACAUGGUUCAGUUUUCCACGCAGAUGAUUCAACAGAGCUCUCUGAAUGCCAAUACUCCCCAAGGAAUUGCAAUGCAGGGGCAAGUACUUAGGCCGCCAAUACCUCACCUCGCUCAGCAGCAUGGGGACCCUGCCUCAUCAGCCAAUGAUGUCAACCUAACACAGAUGCUGCCUGACGUGCAAAUGCAGCAAAAUGUGGUUCCUACUCACAUGCAGACCAUGCAGGGCAAUAACCCGGCCGGGCCACAUUUUGGGAUGCCCUUCAACAACACUUACGGCGCCAAUAUGAGUGGGGGUCAGAUGGCGAUCCCCAAUGCUUCUGGCUUUCCUGGCAACAAGGACAUCACUCUGACCAGCCCGCUGCUUGUAAACCUGCUGCAGAGUGACAUCACGUCGGCACAGUUUGCCAUGAACAACAAACAGAACAACCAGAAUGCCAACAAACCUAAGAAAAAGAAACCAUCGCGGUCACAGAAGAAGAAGGGUGGAGCUCAGCAGCCGGAGGAGCAGUCCCAGCAUUUAGUUUCAGAUGCCCAUCAGCUGCAGCAGGGUCUGGAUGAUGCAGAACAACAACAAAUACCAGUAGAACAGGGAGUAGGAAUGGAUCCGGUAGCCAAUAAAUUACCUGAAUUUGCAAGUCGACCCGGAGGAUUCCACAUGCAAGCAGUUGAUCAGAGAACUUUGCAGCCUACGACUAUUCAACCCAUGCAACACGCACAGCAGCAACAACAGACACAACUACAGCCUCUACAGCAGCAGCAACAACAACAGCAGCAACAGCAGCAGAUGAUGAUGAUGCUAAUGAUGAAGCAACAACAGCAGCAGCAGCAGCAACAACAGCAGCAGCAACAGGACCCAUCUAAGGCCAUUAAGAUUCCAAUGACUCCAGGCCCACAUCCACAGAAGACUCCCUUGACUCCUGAUGUUUCAAGAAUGCCAAUGACCCCAACUGGUAGUAUGCCGGUCAUGGUUAGUUUGCCUGGCCAAACUGGAGUACCUCCCUCACCGGACAAACCAAGAAUGCCCCUGUUAGUUGGCCAUCAAACUGGCAACUCUCUAAGGAAAAUGCCCUUCCAGGAAAAUCUACAGAAUGUUCCAUCAGCAACCGAGGAAGGAAACCCACCUACACACCAAGAAGGAAUGGGACCUGACCUUCCGCUUUCUGUUGUUCAAACCAAUUCAGGACCACAGUCUGUUCCUCCACCUAACCAAGUACUUAUUACUGGGGCAAAACCAGGACAUUCACAGAUCACAGCACCUCAGGGCACAGGCCAACAGCAGCAAGCAACUAUUUCUUUGCAAGGUGCUCACAAUCUUCAUUUCCCGAACUCUACUGCGAAUACUCAGACCUCUAGACCAAAAACACCAAACCGAGCAAGUCCCAGGCCCUACUUUCCUCAUACUCCCACUAACCGACCAUCCAGCACCGAACCCUCAGAGAUCAGUUUAUCUCCUGAGAGGCUGAAUGCUUCUAUUGCAGGUCUCUUUCCUCCACCAAUCAAUAUCCUCCCGCCUCCUCGGCAGCACCCGCUAAAUAGAGGAUUUGAUCAACAAGGUCUAAACCCAACCACUCUGAAAGCAAUUGGUCAGGCACCAUCAAGCAUGCCUUCAAUCUCCAAUAACCCGCCCAUUCCCACUGCUUCACAAGUAAACAAACUGGAUACAGUGAUCGUCAGUUCAGGAAAACAAGGAACUGGGAAGCGAGCGAGUCCCAGUGCCAGCAGGAGGGCUAGCACUGGUUCUGGGAGAAAAACUGGUCAGAUCCCAGUCAGGCAAGGUGCAAAAGCCUUGAAAGCCCCCUCAACCCCUCAACAGAAUCCAGCACUUUUGUCGAGUAUGGAUGUACAGAAGAAUGUUCCAGUGAAUUCUGGCCCAGUUUCGGCGAGUUCCGUUACUGGCAACUCGAGCGAUCCUAUAAAUAGCACUUCAGGUAUGCAAAAUCCAGCAGUUUCUAUAAGGGUUUGGAGUAACCCUCCCGAAGACCUCAAGGAAGUUCAUAAUCCACCUGGAAAUGAUGCAUUGAAACAGUUGGCCUCCAUUAAUAAAGAACAGACGAGUUUGGAAUGUAAUCCUCUGAGCAUAAGCAAGCAGGAGAAGAGUAAUGUUUCUGAGUCUCAAAUAAAGAACGGAAAUAAAGCUCUGGAAAUCAGCAAGUCCAGUGAUGAGAAAAGUGUGGCUUCACCAGUUGUAAGAGAAGCUCCAAUUUCACUAAAUCAGUUGCUGGACAGUUCUGGUGCACCCAACGUUACAGUUAAGCCCAUUGGAUCCAGUCCAGUGGAACAUUCUGGAGACAAAGAUAAAGCAGUAACGUCAGGCCAACCUAAUGUUACAGAAAACGCGAGCACAUCAGUCUCAUCACCACAAGUCGUUGGUGAGAACAGCUCAGUCACAUCACAACAAGAUUCAGGAGCAUCAAAUACUUCUGUGACUCAAAGUGGCCCGGCAACGAUACCCACACCAGUGGUAUCAGCAUCCAUUUCUGCUUCAAAUCAAAUUACAGUUUUUGUAAGUUCCAGUCCUAUUAGGUCCACAGCUAAUGUUUCAGCACCUGCACAAGCCCAAAUCCAGCCCGCCAUGGUUUCCUCUGUCAGUUCAUUGCCAUCCAUAUGUAACAAAGUAAUAGUAUCUGAGGCCCUGCCAGUGGUACAGUCCAGUUCACAGUCAACACUUCUAACGGCACCUGUCUUUCUAAAUACAUCUCUGUUCAAGGUUGUGAAAGAACCUCCAAUAUCUCAGUCAGCCACAGUGCCUAGUGUAUCCAUGCCCGCAACAUCCACUUUAGCAUCGAAGUCUGUUGCUGUAGUUGAAGCUCUCCAGGUCUCACCUAAUGUUCCAGUUUCAUCAUGCCCUGGAGUCUCCACCACAGCAUCAUCUGUCAGUAGCUCCACGAACUCCACUGCUGGACCAACAAAUAGAACUGCAGUUCAGAUAUCACCUGCGUCUCCUCUUCAACCUCUGUCCGGUUCUCCAGCCCCUCCAAAUGCCUCGUCACCCUCUCCUCACAGACCAGCCGUGGACGCUGCCCUCAGUGAGCCUCUUCAGAAUUCUGCCACCGUGGUUGACCAAAGUUCUCCAGCUUCAUCUCAGCCAACGGCAGUUGCAACGUCACCUACGUCAGGUAGCCCAGGUAGCUCUUCUAAUAGUAGACGAAGUCCAAUUUCAUCCACGAAAGGAAGAGGGAAGGUAGAUAAGAUUGGUCAGUUCCUUAUGACCAAGGCAUGUCAAAAGGCAUCCCCUGAUAAAAAAGAUGACCUUUCAGCAUCUGAAUUGGCUUCUCCAGGUGUUGACGAUCAGGUGCAAAGAGCAACGGUUCCCAGUAGUGCUGAAGGAGGAGCUCCUCCUACAGAAGCUAAUCAGACCACUAAUCUUCCUUCAGCUAGUCAUCCAGACGUAGGCACUUUUGUUAACAUCAUACUUGGUACAACUAGCAGCUCUACUUCUACUGUUUCUGUUUCGUCACCUGCAAGUUCAUUGAAUAGCACUCCUCAAAGCAAUGUAACGUCGGCCAUCUCUCCCCAGAACCCUGUAGUACCUGUUGGUGAUAGCUGUCUUGCACUCUCACAGUCUGAGGGAAGAUGUAUGUCAGCAGAGAGAGUGGGAACAAAUAAAGAACAUCUUCCAAAUACAGGUGAAGAGAAUUCAGAGAAAAAAGAGACUUUGGAGUCUUCAGAGAAAGGACCCUUGACCACAAUACCUGAAGUUGCUCCAGAUCAGGAGUCAUCCAGUAGAGUGCAACAAGGGACCAUUUUGAAAAACGGAGAGGAAUCCACUGCCGGAUUAGAAACUGGGCAGAGCAACAACGAAGUAAAAACGAGUGUAGAAAAGUCAAAAAGUCCGAGUAGAAGAAGUACAAAGACUGAAAAAGAAGGUGAAGAGGGUCCAUCAGUUCCAGAAUCUUCGGAGAACGGACAAAGGAAGAGGCCAUCGAGGCCAGGUUCUUCAACGAACGCAGCAAAAGAUAACAGUACAGGCACCAGCCCUACGCAAACAAAACGAAGGAAAUCCAAAUAAAACUUAAGAUUGUAAACCUGUGAAGUGUAAAUGUUUGUGAAUUUAAAUAGAUUUUUUCCAAGCUACUUUUUUAGCAUGAAAUUGUGAAUAGGAGACUGUUUUAAUAUUUGUCCCACUGAAAUGUGACUUUAAAAAAAAAAGGAAAAAUUUCUUUAAAUCCUGAAACUGUUAACAAGGUAAAGACCUGCAGAAUAGCCAGUAAAACUCUACCGGAAUAUUCUAACUGUACUGGUAAUUUCUAUUGCAAAGCUAAAGUAAAUUGCCAGUAAAUGUUUUGUCACUGUCACAGACCUUGUUAGAAUGUAGUGCAUUUGUUAUUUUUAAUUUGGUAUUUACUGACUGUGUUGAAGUGAGUGUUUAAGUCUUAAGUACUGUAUGUGAAUAUUUGUACAAGGGUCUAAUAAAACCCAUCUCCACUGGA